AUUCAACCAGUGUUUAGGACUUAUUUUCGUUAUCUUAUGGAGUGGGAAUUCGAAGUAAAUGAUUUGAUUUGGUUUAGCGAAUCAAGUGAAAAUCCCUUCCGGUUUUUGGUAAAGUUUGCCGAAGGAUUAGACGAUCCAUACAGGAGGAGAAAGCAUGCCAUUUCAUACGUUGACGCCAAUAAAGCUUUCGAGAAGUAUAUUACCGACUUUGGAUUUUGCAGUCGAGAGGAAAUUGAGGCUCUUAGUGAAGAACAAAGCCGAAGUGUUUUAGUAACAACGGAAAAUCUGCACGGAGCUGCAAGUAGAGCACUGAAAGUUACAGACUUUGUUUCUGGUCUUGAUCUCGGAGAACUACAAGAAAGACUUGUAGAGACAUUUCUUGUUUGUUUGGAUCAAAACUGGAAUUACGUCAUAAGCCCGUUUCAAUACAUAGCAACAUUCGAAGCUUUACUAAAAGUAGUUUUGCGGGAUAGCCCUAGCAUGUCUUGGUUGAAAUGGCAGUUUGACUUGACUGGCAGCUCGGUUGAAAUAGCACAAGUCCCGGAAGUAAGCUAUGAGGAUAACAUCAGUGUGGUACAUGUCAAUCCUGAGUAUGAUAUCAUGAUGAGUGUAUCGCAUACAGCUUUGGGACUUGAAGAUCAAGACCAGUGCAUUGCCAAAACGAAAUACCCAGGAUAUUAUUUUGUGGAGGUUCCUUCAUUCUCAGAUGACAGUGAGGAAGAUUUGUUAAAGCUAACAACAUUUAGAAAUUCCAAGUGCUACCUGUCUGCUGCAAAGUUCAGAAGCGAGAUUUAUCAAAUAAUUUAUGACCUCAAGAUGUUUUCGGAUGUGGUUGACAAUAAAACACCAGGAAAUGAAGAUUUUGAAAUGAAAGUAGCACCUCAUGGGCCAGCUGUUCAAAUUGAUGAGACAUUUGAGGAUGGAGAUCUGUCAUUAUCAUUUGACUUGGUUCCUGCAAUUAGGUUUACCAGCUGGCCAAAAUGCUGCCAGGAAUGGUUGGAAAGAAAAAGAGCUUGGCCUCCACAGGAUCUGGUGCAAGAAAUUGUCCAAGGAGGCUUUUAUCUUGUGCCAAAGGCAUCUCUAGGAGGCAAUGAAGAACUUGAGUGGCGCAUCUCUUUCUCCACAGCUGAAGGAAAACUGAUGAGAGCCAAGGGUCUUGGAAACAGAAACUACUGUUACCGCAUGUUCAAAAUGGCCAUCAAAGAAAAUAUUACCUCAACUUGCAAGCUUGUUACAACUUAUCACUUGAAGACUCUCCUUCUCUGGGCUAGUGAAAGGUACCCACCAGACAGAUGGUCAGAUGAGAAUGUUGCAUUGUGCUUUCUGGGUUUGGUGGAUGAUUUGUUACAUUCUUUGCUGACUUGCUCAUGUCCUCACUAUUUCAUCCCAGAACUGAACCUGUUUGCAAAUUGCAGUACGGACCACUUGCAUUCAAUUGCAAGCAAAGUGUCUGCCAUUCGUAAAUUUCCCUUAAGAUACCUCCAGAGACCAGGAGAAGAUGCAAGAGCAGGUUAUGAUAACUUCAUAUCAGCAAUGAAAGAAUGGGAAGAAAUGGACUUUCAACAAAUAUAAACCUUGCACCCAUUUUUCCAUAUAUUUUUAAAAAAUGUACAAAAUAUCCAAAUUCCAUAGUCUACCCGUAACCCUUUAACACCCAGAAGUGAUUAACAUAAAACUUCUCCCUACAAUAUCCACACAUUCUUCAGCAAACAGGCAAUGAGAAUAUUCAAACUUGUCAGGUAGAAGCUGCUAUCUUGAUCUAGCAUCAAGUUCUCAUAACUAAUUUACAAGGAAAUGUGUAGCAGCUACAGGGGAGAAUUAACAUUCAGAUCUUGGGAGUUACAGGGUUAAAAAUUGCAGAAAAUUGACAAAAGGACAUAAAACCAGAGACGUCAUUUUACUUUAGUAUUAGGAGUAAGGGGUGUCCAAUUGGGUUUGUGGCUAUACAUAUAAUUAAACAGAAUCUAGCAACCAAUACCACUAGGUGGGUGCAUGUUUUGUUCAUCACAGGUAUGAUUACCAACUGAGUUGGAAAACACAAUGAAAUUUCCAAGAAAAACAAACAAAUGGAAAACUUGUACAAAUUAUGUUAAACUUUAAACAAAACUGUCGAUUAAGUUAUCGAAUAUCUUUUGCAGAGAGAUUUUCUAAUAUACUUAAAUGGGAAAUGGUCAAUUGUUGUCUGGGUUACUGUAAUCAAUUCAUUGAUUGAUAAAUUAAUAUGAAAGUACUCAGAAUAAUGCCUAAGGUUAAGAGUGAUUGGUUGAUUGUCUUUCUGGUGAAUCAGGAUUUCACUUUUUCUUUAUUCAUGCCCAAGUGAACAAAUUUUUUAUUUAAUUGAUACCUGUAAAUGAAGAGCUGAUUUAAACCUGAUUCAUGAGCAAUUUUGUUUGGCAUGAUGAAUUUCUGACUACUUUAUUCACAUGGAUUGAUAAAAGUUAUAAAACAGACCACAAAUGGUUCUUGAAAAAAUAAGAUAAGACGUUACAUCAUCUUAUGUUGUUUAUUAAGACUGGUCAAGAUUAGGAAAAGUAAACAAUUAAUUUGUGAAUUUGUUUUUUUAUUGUAAUGUGAAAUGUAAUCAUCUCAAAUUUUGUUUGAAAGUUGAAGAAUUUUGGAUAUUAUAGUGAUGCCUGAAGAGGCCAAUUAUUUUUA